AUGGAAGAAGAAGAAGAUAACAUGAUUAUGUGGAAACCAUUAUCAUCAUCAUCGCCAUCGAAGUCGGAUUCGAUGCUUUCGUUAACUGUUGGCCGAGUGAUGACCACUCUGCUUAGUGCUCGCCCCAAGAAGCUACAGAAUGCUAUUUCUCGUCUCGAUUCUGCUCCUAAAUUAGCCCCAAUCGGUGUUUCUUUGGAACAGUCACUGUGGUUUCUUCACAAGUACGUUAGAGAUGCAAUUGAAAAGGAGGAGUCUUUGGACCAAGUUUUCGUUCCCAUGAUUGAGCAUUCACUGAAAUGCAAGGAGUCAAAGCAUGGCAACCAGGGGAUGAUACUUCUUAAUUGGCUCUUUCAAGAUCAACUUCUUUUCAAACCUCUUGCAAUCAACUUUGCUGGCAUUAUUUUGAGAAAAGAGGACCGCUAUAUUGCCUUAGGCUGGUGUACCCUUGCACGUGGUCUUAUAGAAUAUGAGAUCACUAUGAACAACCUCGUAGUACAUGCUUAUUGGAACUUAAGAAUAAGGGAGAAGUACAAUGCACUAUUGAAGAUCCUUUGUUCAUGUAUCACACAUCUUCUAUCUAUCGUAUCUAGUGGGAGUGUUUCACAGGGGGGAUUUGAGUUGCCAACCCGCCUUUCAGUGGCUGGUGCUGAUUUUAUUUUAGCUCUCACUGUAGCACUAGCAAGAAAGGAUCCGGUUUCGAAUGUCUCAGAUAACAAGCCGAAAUUAUCUCAUUCUAAUGCACCAAACCUGCCAAUUAGCUUUGUACCUGCUGUUCUAAGUGAGAAGAAAGUGAAAUCGACGAGUAAAUCUGUUGAAGUCUCGGAUAACAUGGAGAUGAAAUUGUUGCUUUGGGAUCAUCUAGAGGAACUUGGUAAUCUUGUGCAGAGACUGAUUUCUUGGAACAGGAAAAGCCGGUCUUUGCAUACAAAAGGAUUGGAGAGAGUGCUUAAGUGGUUGCAAGGGACAAAACAACAUUAUGGUUGCUUUCAGAAAGAGGCAGGUCCAGAAAUGCUGAAGACUGGAGCAUUACUUCUCUCUUCUUGUUGGAAACAUUAUGGCAUGCUCAUGCACUUGGAAAAUUACAAAUUUUCUCAGGAUUACAAAGUAUUGUUGGACGAUUACUUGUCUGGAAUUCAGGUUAAGUUUACAAGAUAUUACUUUGAGUAA